AUGUUGCGGCCAAUUUGUUUGAUUAGACGCUACUCGUCGUUUUCGGCGGCUAUCGAGACCGCCGAGAAGCUCGUGCAGCCCCACGCCAGCUCCAAAUUCGACCCCUUCAGCAUGGUGUCGGCGGAAAUGCGGGUCCUGGCAAAGAACAUUGCUUCUCUUAUUGGCUCUGGACAUCCGACCUUGAAUAGGGUUACCUCGUACUAUUUCGAGGCAGAGGGCAAGAACGUGAGGCCGUUGAUCGUUCUGCUGCUCUCGAAGGCCCUGGCGAAAAUCCCCGAGUCCGAAAGAACUCGCAUAGCAAUUGACCCGUACGACGUCAACGAGCAGGACGAGUUUAGAGGAACCCCAAAGGCGUUUUCGUUUGCUGGACAGAACCCGCUGGACUCAAUCAGCCCGUUGCGGGUGCUGCACGGGAUCAACCCGAACAUCAUCCUGAACCCGUUGUCCAAACCCAUGAUGAGCAGAGAACAGUACCGCGAAAAAGACCUGGCCAACGGGAUUCUCCCGAAACAACGAAGACUGGCCGAGAUCGCAGAGAUGAUCCACACCGCGUCGUUGCUGCACGACGACGUGAUCGACUUCUCCGACUCCCGACGCGGCAGAGACUCCGGCAACAUUGCGUUCAGCAACAAGAUGGCCAUUCUUGCCGGCGACUUUCUUCUGGGGCGGGCGUCUGUUUCGCUGGGGCGGCUGCGCAACAGCGAGGUGGUCGAGCUCAUGUCGACCGCCAUAGCGAACCUUGUGGAAGGCGAAUUCAUGCAACUGAAAAAUACCGUUAUGCAACCAAAUCUCGACCAGAUCGAAAACGACGGCGCGGUGAAGCAGAUCCCGGCCCCCACGGGCAAGGUUCCCGUGGAGGUGCACGAGUACUCGGUCAAGAGUCCUCAACAGAUCUCGCACGAGGAAAACGUCGAGGCCGCGUUCCAAUACUAUUUGCAUAAAACCUACCUGAAAACAGCGUCGCUCAUGUCCAAGUCGUCGCGGUCGGCCGCAAUUCUGGCCGGCUGUAACGAGGAGAUGAUCGAGAACUGCUACCAAUUCGGCAGAAAUCUGGGACUCUGUUUCCAAAUCGUGGACGAUAUGUUGGACUAUACAACCACCGCAGAGCUGCUUGGAAAACCAGCAGGAGCAGACUUGCAGCUCGGUCUGGCCACGGCCCCUGUUCUGUACGCGUGGAAGGACAAGCCGGAACUCGGCCCAAUGAUCGGCCGCAAGUUCUCCAAGCCUGAGGACGUGGAGCUAGCCAAGAAGGCCGUGCUGGAGGCUCGUGGAGUCGAGAAAACCAGACAGUUGGCUGAACAGUACUGUUCCGAGGCCCUGAAGAAUUUGCGAACGCUCCCGGACUCGGACGCAAGAAACGCUCUAGAGCUGCUCACAAACUCCGUGCUAACCAGAUCCAACUAG